CCAAGCGGAGAUGAUCGCGCACCGUGUCAGCGCGUCGCGGCCAUAGAAGGGAUUCGGGGAGACGUGGCCGCCCGCGCGCCCGUCGCGCACCCUAUCCUCGCCGCGCGCCCGCCGGCCAAUCGCCACCCCUGAAUCCACAGCCACGCCACGCGGCCCAUGCCUACGCCUCCCACCCGCCACAGGAUCUCCCUCUCACGCGCGCGCGAUCUCAUAAAAACCUCGCCACCUCGAUCGGUGAGGUAGCACGAGGCGGCCUGAGCUGAACACCGCAUCAGCAGCAGCAAGCAGCUAAUCGCGCACGUACGCACACCGCGACCCGGGGCGAGAUGGCGCAGUCGAUGCUGGUGUCGGGAGCCAAUGGCACGGUGGCCGCCGCGAGCACCAGCAGGCUGCAGCCCGUGCGGCCGACGCCGUUCUCGCGGCUCGUGCUGUCGCAGCCGUCGUCGUCGCUGGGGCGCGCGGUGUCCGUCAAGACGGUGGCGCUGUUCGGCAGGUCCAAGACCAAGGCCGCGCCCGCAAGAAAGGCUGAGCCGAAGCCAAAGUUCAAGACCGAGGACGGCAUCUUCGGCACGUCCGGUGGGAUCGGUUUCACCAAGGAGAACGAGCUGUUCGUCGGGCGUGUCGCCAUGCUCGGGUUUGCCGCGUCGAUCCUGGGUGAGGCCAUCACCGGGAAGGGAAUCCUGGCGCAGCUGAACCUGGAGACGGGGAUCCCGAUCUACGAGGCGGAGCCCCUCCUCCUCUUCUUCAUCCUCUUCACCCUCCUCGGCGCCAUCGGCGCGCUCGGCGACCGCGGCAGCUUCGUCGACGACCAGCCGGUGACGGGCCUCGACAAGGCCGUCAUCGCCCCGGGCAAGGGCUUCCGCUCCGCGCUGGGCCUCAGCGAGGGCGGCCCGCUGUUCGGCUUCACCAAGGCCAACGAGCUGUUCGUCGGCCGGCUCGCGCAGCUCGGCAUCGCCUUCUCCAUCAUCGGCGAGAUCAUCACCGGCAAGGGCGCCCUCGCGCAGCUCAACAUCGAGACCGGCGUCCCCAUCAACGAGAUCGAGCCGCUCGUCCUCUUCAACGUCGUCUUCUUCUUCAUCGCCGCCAUCAACCCCGGCACCGGCAAGUUCGUCAGCGACGACGACGAAGAGUAGAAUUACGAGGAUCGAUCGAUCUACCGAGGUUUCGCCGCCAUUGUUGUGCUUGCGCAUCAUUGAGACUUUCUUUCAAGUGUAUAUGUACUGUGUACGUGUAGGUGUAAAGACGUACCUUGUUUAAUUAGUUGUUAAUUAAUGCCCAUGGAGAAAAUUAACGUGAGAUUUAGCUA